AUGGCAUCCACAGUAAGAGAAAUAGCCGAAGAGAUCCCAAAUGUCAUCAAGGUUUACAAAGAUGGCACAGUGGAACGCCUCAUCGUCCACGAUUACUAUGUGCCUCCAUCCACUGAUUCCGGGGUGAUGUCCAAAGACAUCACUAUCUCAGAAAUCCCAGCCAUCUCUGCUCGCCUUUACCUCCCUCAAAACCAAAACAGAAAGCUUCCGGUCUUGGUUUACUUCCACGCUGGUGCAUUUUGCGUUUCAUCUGCCUUGUCAUUCUUUCAUCACCGUUACCUCAACCGACUAGUCUCAGAAGCGCAAGUUGUUGCGGUCUCAGUCGAGUACAGACUCGCACCAGAAAACCUACUUCCAGCUGCUUAUGAAGAUUGUUGGACUGCUCUUCAGUGGGUAGCUUCUCACUCAAGGAAUGAAGACAAUGAAGGCGCGAAGAAAGAAGCAUGGCUUGUCAGCUACGGCGAUUUCGAGAGACUUUACAUUGGGGGAGACAGUGCUGGUGGUAAUAUUGCACAUAACAUUGCUAUGAGGGCUGGGGUAGAGAACUUGCAUGAAGGAGUGAAAAUUUUAGGUGCAAUUGUGUCUCACGCUUAUUUUUGGGGCUCUAAGCCAAUUGGGUCGGAGCCUAAACCUGAAUUCUACUCUUUGGCUAAUAAGGUUUGGAACUUAUUCUAUCCCUCUGCUGAUGGUGGUACUGAUAAUCCGAUGGUGAACCCGGCGGGUUUGGGUGCUCCGAGUCUGGCAGGGCUUGCCUGCUCGAAGUUGCUUGUUUGUGUUGCUGGCAAGGAUGAUCUGAGGGAUCGAAAUAUUUGGUAUUAUGAGUUGGUCAAGGAAAGUGGGUGGAAAGGAAAAUUGGAGCUGUUUGAAAUGGAAGAAGAGGGUCAUUGCUUUCAUAUAUCGGACGAGGGAUCGGUUGAAAAUAGAAAGAAAAUGAUCGAACGUUUGGCUUGUUUUAUGAUAUAG